AUGUCCCCCUCCAGCACAAACGGCACCGCGACCACAACCACAAGCACAACCAGCAAUGGCAUCACCCCCUCUGCCUCGGUCCCCUCGACCCCCCGCCCUCUCCUCCCCGGCAUCUACGCCCCAACAAUGACCUUCUUCGACCCCGUCACCGAAGACCUCGACAUCCCUUCCAUAGAGCGCCACGCCGUCCGGCUCGCGACCGCCGGCCUCGUCGGCCUGGUCACCAUGGGCUCCAACGGCGAAGCCGUGCACCUCUCCCCAGCCGAGCGCACCCUCGUCACAUCCAGCACGCGCCACGCCCUCGACGCCGCCGGCUUCCCCUCCGUCCCCAUCAUCGUCGGUGCAUCCGAGGGCUCCGUCCGGGGCACGCUGGCCCUCAUCGCCGCCUCGCAGGCCGCCGGCGCCGACUACGUGCUGCUGCUCCCCCCGUCCUACUUCCGUGGCCUGAUGGACGAGCCGGCCGUCGAGCGCUACUUCCUCGACGUCGCCGCCGCCAGCCCCCUGCCGCUCGUGCUGUACAACUACCCCGGCGCCGUCGCCGGCAUCGACAUGGACUCGGACCUGCUGAUCCGCCUGGCCGCCCACCCGAACAUCGUCGGCACCAAGUUCACCUGCGGCAACACGGGCAAGCUGACGCGCGUGGCGCUCGCCACCGACGCCCGCACCCCCUUCGCCCUGGGCAGCGGCUACAUGGCCUUCGGUGGCAUGUGCGACUUCACGGCCCAGACGCUCGUGUCCGGCGGUAGCGGCAUCAUCGCCGGCGGCGCGAACGUCAUGCCCAAGACGUGUGUCAAGAUCUGGAAUCUGUAUACCGAGGGCCGGCAGGACGAGGCCUUCGCCAUGCAGAAGGUGCUGAGCAAGGGCGAUUGGGUGCUGACCAAGGCCGCGAUCGCGGGCACCAAGAGCGCUAUCCAGUCGUACUACGGCUACGGCGGGCACCCGAGACGGCCGCUGAAGAGGCUGGACGCGGUCGAGGUCAAUGCGAUCAAGGACGGGGUGGCGGAGGUGAUGAAGCUGGAGAUGAGUUUGUAG